CACUACUGCUCAUCUUUGCUGAGGAGUGACUACGGUCUGCCGUUCUCUACAGGAAUCAUAAGUCUUAAAGGACAAGAUUGGACAUGUGUGGUAUAUGGGCCUUGUUUGGCAGUGAUGAGUGCCUGUCAGUUCAGUGCACCAGCGCCAUGAAGAUAGCUCACAGGGGCCCUGACGCCUUCCGCUUCGAGAACGUCAAUGGCUUCACCAACUGCUGCUUUGGCUUCCACCGCCUGGCUAUCGUGGACCAGCUGUAUGGCAUGCAGCCGCUGCGCAUCAAGAAGUUUCCCUUCUUGUGGCUCUGCUACAACGGAGAGAUUUACAACCAUCUCACGCUGAAGAAGGAGUUUGAUUUCGAUCACCAGACCAAAGUGGACGGUGAGAUUCUGCUCCAUCUGUAUGAUCGCUUCGGCAUCGAGAAGAUGUCUUCCCUCCUGGACGGUGUCUUCGCUUUCAUUUUGCUGGACACUGCCAACAGAAAAGUCUUCCUGGGAAGAGACACGUAUGGCGUGAGGCCUCUGUUCAAACUCCUCACUGACGAUGGAUUCCUGGCAGUCUGCUCAGAAGCUAAAGGUCUUAUAGAUAUCAACCAUGCAAUGUCCACCCCUGCCAACAUCGUCCCCUUCCUCCCUGGGCACUACGAGGUCUUUGAUUUGAAGCAGAAUGGCAAAGUGAAGUCUAUUAAGAUGGAGCCGUUUCACUGCUGCACAAAAGAGCCUGCUCAUGCUGUCUACGACAUGGCGGAGAGACUACCAACAAGUUUUGACGAGGAAACGGUGAAAAGCAACAUCAGAAUCCUGUUUGAGAAUGCUGUCAGGAAACGUCUCAUGGCUCACAGGAGAAUCGGUUGUCUUCUGUCAGGUGGUCUGGACUCUAGUUUGGUUGCUGCUACACUGGUGAAACUGGCCAAAGAGGAGAAGCUGCAGUAUCCCAUCCAGACAUUCUCCAUCGGCUCAGAGGACAGUCCUGACAUCAUAGCUGCACGCAAGGUUGCCGCCUUCAUCGGCAGCGAGCACCACGAGGUGAACUUCACCGCAGAAGAAGGCAUCCAGGCUGUAGAGGAAGUCAUCUUCCACCUGGAGACCUAUGACAUCACCACCAUACGUGCCUCUGUUGGUAUGUACUUGGUGUCAAAGUACAUCAGGGAGAAGACGGACAGUGUGGUGAUCUUCUCUGGAGAGGGUUCAGAUGAGCUGACUCAGGGAUACAUUUACUUCCACAAGGCUCCAAAUCCCAAAACAGCAGCAGAGGACAGUGUUCGCCUGAUGAAGGAACUCUACCUGUUUGAUGUCCUCCGUGCUGAUCGCACCACUGCUGCACACGGUCUGGAACUCAGAGUACCUUUCCUGGACCACAGAUUCACAGCGUACUACCUCUCCCUGCCUGAGGAGAUGAGGGUUCCUAAGAAUGGAGUGGAGAAGCAUCUGUUGAGAGAUGCUUUCAAAGGUCUGAACUUGAUCCCUGAUGAGAUCCUGUGGAGACGUAAGGAAGCCUUCAGUGAUGGUAUGAUGUCAGUGAAGAAGUCCUGGUACACCUGCCUGCAGGAGCAUCUAGAAUCUGUGGUCAACGACACCCAGAUGGAGAAAGCUCACAAGACCUUCCCUCACAACCCUCCUCUCACCAAAGAGGCCUACUACUUCAGACAAGUGUUUGAGAAGAACUUCCCCGGCCGGGCCGAGUGGCUCUCCCACUACUGGAUGCCACGCUGGACCAACGCCACCGACCCAUCAGCCCGCACGCUGGCUAUCUAUAAACCUGAUAAAGACCAGUAAUGGACUGGAACAGCUGUGGGGUCUGCGUCUGUCAGUCACCACUUCUCUGCUACGUGUCAUUUUGUAUCCCUGUCCUAUUUAAAUUGGAAUUAUUUUGAUGCAUCACUUGUGUCACCCUGUAUGAGUUUGUCAGACUGUGAUGGAGUUCAUUUGUAGCUGUACUGUAAAAGGAGUUCUAUGUACUCGUUACUCAUUUUGCUUUGUGCAGGUGACUGAAAGCUUUCAUCAGUCAUUGGUUUACAGCUAAAUCUAACAAACUCCAUUAAAGUCUGUCAAAGAACAAUAAAUACUUCAACACAAUCUGGUCAACAAACAUCAGGGCGAGCUGAAGUGUCGGUGAUAUUUUCAUUUUAUUUAAAUGACCAGUGUGUGGGAUAUAGUGGCAUCUAGUGGCGAGAUUGUAGAUUGCAACCAAGUUAGUUUGUCUGUUCUGCACUACAUUAGAAAUAUGCUGGUGUAAAGAUAUAAAGCACUCAUUACAAGUAUUGCUGUCAUUUAAUUAGUCACUAAUUCUGAACAUUAGAUUCCAUUUCUGCCAAAUUCAUUCUGCUAGAUGCCACAAAAUUCUACACACUAUUCCUUUAAAGGACUACAUGGUUGGUUUUAUGUUUUGGCUCAUUUCCUUACCCUUUCUUUUUUAUUUUAAAUUAUCAGCCUUUCUUUCAUAAACUGUGCUUUUACUUUCUACCUUCUAGGCAGCCAUUUGUUUCACUUAAUUUUAUUAGGCUACCAAAUGAAAAUUAACCUGCAGAGACUUUGAAACUUAACUUGUGAAAGGUAAUCCAUCACAGCAAACACCUGGUCCUCUUUUUUGGGUACCACAAGACUUUCCAGGGUUGUCCGUCUACCUUGAGCUACUUAACCAGGUAAAAUAUUAUUCUGACUCUACAUGCUGUUAAACUGGCUUUUCUGUGGCGUCAUAUUAUUUAUUUUCAUAAAAAAUCUAAUAUAAGCCCCAGUAAAAUUAUGAGUGAAAUGACUUGAAUAUUUGCCCAGAUGUUUUAUUUGUUGGUUUGUGUGUGUAUAUAGGUGCUACUACCAAAAAGGCUGAUACAGCUUGUCGAUUAGUAUAAUAUGCAUUUGGUGUAAAGCACAUGUUUGCUUGGUUUAUCACUGGGAACUGGGUCUGGCUUGUACUAGCUAGGUACUUGUUGUGUGUGCACAAGAUAAUGUUUGACUUAGGGUCGGACUGAAAGAAAUUUACUAGCUGUUGGAUUGUCCCAUCAGGAUUUGCAACUUAAUUUAACUUUUGUAGUGAUUUUUUUAAUAUUAAAAUAAAAAGUUCAAUAUACAGUGAUGCUUUAUCUGUAUGGCCAACAUCUUCCAAGUGUUGAAUUUAGGAGUGAACAAUAAACAGUGGAUUAAAAAAAUAAUACCUAACAAUAUACUGCAAUUCGCCAUAAACUACUUUGUCUACUCCCUAUCAUAACCAUUAUCUGUCUGACUUGCUCUCUUGUAAUUGUUUCAUUCUAAGAACUGUUCAAAUAAAUUCAUCUUCUCAACACUGAAA